AAUGUGUCAAAAGAUACGGUCUGUGUAGGACGGUUACGCAUGCUCCAUACUCAGUAUCUGCUAUCAGCAAUAUAUUAUAUUCUAAAAAUAGAAUAGAGUAAGUACCUAAAAGACAUGUUUUUCGUUGCUAAUUUUUAGUUCUUUAAUUUUCUUAUUAGUCUAUUGUCAGCAGAAUCUUUCAGGACAUUUUUAAUUUUAUUUCCUCCUUUUUAAAAAAAAAUAAAUAUCCUAUUACAGUGUCACUGAAUGCUUUUUUUUAUAAAGCUGCUGGGUGUAUGCUCAGUGAGACCAUCUAAAUAGUCGUUAGCCUACACAAUGGUACCCCGACAUACGAGAUUUUUGAGAUACGGGCCGUCGAGCGAGCGAUGUUUUGCUUUGAGAUACGAGAAAUAUUUGAGAUACCAGUGCCGGGAUCAGCAGGUCGGGCGGCUGCAGUGGCGAAAAUUAAGCGAAAGUAAAAAAAAAAAAAUGUACCGUGGCAUUUAAGUUCAAUUAUAUUCAGUGACGUUUAAUUAAUUUCCAUUAAGUUUGUGGAUAAAGUGAACGCAUUAAGAGUGUAACCAGUAUGUGAGUUAAAGUGACCGAAAGAAUUUAGCAUUAACAGUGUAGCCAGUAAGUGAACGAAGUGAAGCUCCUUCGCCCUUUAUUAUAUUUUAAUACAAUAUUGGGCAUCUAAAAAUACAUUUUUUCUUAUUCAAAAACACCUAACAAAAACAACCGAGGUGGCAUUAUGGGAGGGGGGGGGGCUGGAACGGAUAAAUGGCAUUUCGAUUAAUUUCAAUGGGGGACACUGCUUUGAGAUACGAGCAAAUUGACUUACGAGCAAGGUUACGAACGAAUUAAAUUCGUAUAUCGAGGUACCACUGUACACAUCGGAACUAGUGACUCGGAGAUGUAAACGUGUUUUCCAAGGAGAGUCUGCUCCGUUUUACCUUCUCCCAGCAAGACUCAACUGAUCUAUAGUUUGUUGUUGUUGUUGUUGUUUUUGGUCACAAAUGCACUGNAUAUAAAUAUAUAUAUAUAUAUAUAUAUAUAUAUAUAUAUAUAUAUAUAUAUAUAUAUAUAUUGAUGAAUCGUGGAAGUUUUUCCUUUAUAGGCAAAUGUUUUGAUAAAAUAUAUUUGUUGGUGUUGUAGUGUGUCGAUUUUUUUAUUUCACCUGGGCUCCGUGGCAAAGAAAUAGACUCCAGGUUUCUCAGACAUGAUGAUUUUAGUGUUUUGAUCAGGGAUGAAUGCACCGCAAUUGAAAACGUAAUGUCAUUUUACCAGGUGGCAUAGGUAUAAACAAAAUUCUCGCUCCAAAAAUUAUCGUUUAAAUUAAUCUAACUUUUUAAUGGUUGUUUUUUUUUUAAUUUAAAAAAAAAUUAAAACUUUAUUAUUUAUUUAUUAUUUUAAUUGUAUCGUUUUCCUCCAUAGAGGCUCAUGAACCUAACCGAGUUAUAAACAUGCCAAUUAACUCCGUAAUAAACAUGAAAUAUUAACCACGCUACAAAGAAACAAACCAACUAACCCCCAUUAUCAACAUUAGUUACGCGGCGCCAGGGAUGAGCUGAUCACACCGAGGCGGCAGUGCCCAAAAAAAAAAAAAAAAACAAGGGAAAACUUCCUGGUUCAACUCUAACAGUAAUGCGUUCAGGAGUCAGUAGUGACCUAUAAGUGUGUAUGUUCUGCUCAGCUUAGAAUUGCAUGUUAUAAAGAAUCAUGUCAACGGAUGAACAUACUGUAAAAUUGGAUACAUUCGUGUUACAAAAGUGCUUUAAGUUUUUUAGCAUUGUUUUUUCCUAAUUUUUGUUUCGACAAAUUAUGUCUCUUUUAUACUUAAUGGUACUCCAAAUAUAUAUAUAUUUAAAUAUCACAUUAUCUAAUCUGAUAUUUACAAAUAUAAUAUGUGUGUUGCAUUUUUGAAUGUUUUUAAAAGUGAAUGGGAAUCAAGCAAUGUGAAAUUUAAAGACAUUUGAGAGUUGGGGGACUGUUAAAUUUUAAUGUAGACAUUAGUCACUCACGUAACAAAAAUAUACUUUCAGCAUUGUUUCUUUUUUUAUAACAAUGAUCCUUUCCUAAAUUUAUUUUUAGGCUAAUCCCAGGAGAAUGGUUCGUUUAGACACUGUUCUACUUCUCGUAGGGAGAACCGGAAACGGGAAAAGUUCCACGGGAAACUCAAUUUUAGGCGGGGUGUAUUUCACACUACGUGGAGUCGAGGAACCGCAAGUUGGAGACUCCCCUGAAAAAAGUGAGGCUGGCUCAAUAACAGUGGUAGACGGCUCUGGCAUUGGUGACACGGCAGAAGAUUUGAUCGGGGGAGAAUCGGCUGCUGUGGUGUCAUGUGAGUCCGCCUUUGAACUGUGUGGUAAGAUCUUCACAGCCAUCAUUGUGGUGCUGAAAUUCGGGGUCAGAUUCACCAAACAAGAAAAAGACGCCGUCCAGAUGAUUAAAUUUCUGUUUGGUGAGGAUGUCUUGAAGAGAUGGGGCAUCAUCGUGAUGACGUAUGGAGACAACUUUGAGAAGGAACCACGCUACAGCCGCGAGAAAUUUCGAGCCUGGUGCAAAGAUCAACGGGGAGAUUUCCAAAAACUUCUAGAGGAAUGUGACUUCAGAUGUGUGCUGUUUAACAACAGAGCGAAGAGUUUGGAAACCAUUCAGGUUCAAGAUUUUAAACAAACCCUUAACGAUCUUAAAUGUCUCAGCAACUAUGCACCAUACAUGGAGGACGAUUAUAAAAAAGCAGAAGACAGUCGGCUCAAUUUGCUUACAACGCAAACAAAAGAUUUGAUUGACAGAGUUAACACGUUCUUAAAACAAAAUGGUGAAGACGACGCCAAGUUGAACUUUGAACUUGCGCUGUUUAAGGAAAAUCUGACGCGUUUGAACAACGGCACGAGUAACCUGCAAGGUCUUAUCGACGACAUGAAUGCAGCCAUCAACAUGCUGGCCGGCAAGCCAGGGGUCAAGGGAACCUACAUUUCUACCACCUUUUCUCGUUUAAGUUUAGCAGGGCUCACUUUAGUGGCAGGGGCGACGUUUCGUAUAAGAUCUGCUGUAUCUUUCUGCGCCAGAGGUGUUAUCCUCCGAACAACCUACGUGGUUAACAGAAUGUGUGGGAACUCUGAUGAGACUCUUGUGGUAGCGUCGUCGUGUAGAGACACAUUGAGAAUUGGUGAAUAGUACACGAGGACAGGUUCAUGACGCAGUUGGUGGAAGUGACAGAGAGAAGCAUGUGGUGGAACUAAUUGAGAGAAUAAUGAUGUGAAAUCGGAGAGAGUGUGAGUUCAAUUUGUUUAAAAUCUUUUUAAAAUGUAUAAAAAAAAGAGAUUGGCACAUCUCAUUGUGUAUUAAUGAAUCCUUUAUAUUAACUUCGCUUUCUUUUUUUGGGUUGGCUGGCUGAUUAGUUGGCGUACUGGGCUAAAAUCUUCGGACGGCUAAUUGACCCACUUCCCGUCAAAAUAUCGAGCUGAAACUUGGCACAUAGACUCACUACCGAUGACAGCAUUUUUUUCUUCUAAAUUGAAAGCCCUAAUCCCCUGACAACCACCACCAAAAUUCAGAUUUUCCUGUUUUUCAAGAGAAGGUAAAAAGAAACUUCCAAUAAUUCUGAUAAAUGAGAUUCUUUUUUUUUUAAAUCUCAAGUGCAUUUGGUGCGUAAUAUUUUCUUUUGUUUUUUCAAAAAUUCUUGGUGAAAUAAGUUUAAAGUUUAUAACCAGGUGGUUCAUUAGAAUAUUAUAUAGUUCAGUGGCGUGAAAAAAAUAUGCGGUUGCGAGCCAUGUGGGGUUAUGGUAGGGGGGGGAGUGGUACACUAAUUGGGAUUCUUAUAAACUGCGUUACUUGUCCGCAUGUUUUGUCGAAUGUUUAUCCCCACCCCCAGUGAUCGAUAUUACAUUUUAUAAAGGAUUUUUAAGGAAGUCUAUGUUUUUAGAGUUUGUAAAAUGUUUGUUGUUUUAGCUCUAUGAAUCAUUACACAAUAAAGUUGUAUUAAAGUUCUCCUGGAGCAUCGUGUGGUCCCCAUCCGAAAAAAUAAAAUGAAUUUGACUUUGAUUGGAAUUCUUAACAUCUCGGUAAUGAGACUAUGCUUGAAUAGGCUCUACGAAUACGAGUUUUUUGACGAGAGUACAAGAACGUAUAGCAAUUGAGGGACUCCACUUCUCCCAGUGCCUUUCCUGCCUGACAAAUAUUAAUGCUUUUUGUCAAUUACUUAGACAUAGACACAAAUGGCGGAUCCACGCGGGCGUAAGAGCUAAAAUUGGAAAAGCUAGAUCAGCAUGUGUACUAUUAAAGAAGAUAUGGUAGUCCAAGGAGCUGAAACUGAAAACCAAAGUCAGAAUCUUUAACGCAAAUGUCAAAACAGUCCUACUAUACGGAGUAGAAACUUUGAAGACAACAGCGAGCAUUACACAGAAGGUGCAGACAUUCCUAAACACAUGCCUCAGAAAGAUCCUUAACAUCAAAUGGCCAAAUACCAUCACCAACAAAGAUGUACUAGAAAGGACAAAGCAAGUGGCCAUUGAUGAAGCUAUCAAAAAGAAAAGGUGGAGGUGGAUAUGGCAUACUCUCCGAAAACCCACAGACCAGAAAGCACCACCAGACAAUGCCUAACAUGAAAUCCCCAGGGAUAAAAAAGAGGAAGGCCUAAGAAUACAUGGAGAUGCGAGCUAGAGGCGGACACGCAAAAUAUGGGAUACACCUGGAAUCAAUUGGAAAGGAAAGCACAGGACUAUGAUGAGUGCAAAAUUCUUGUGGACGGCCCAUGACCCAGACGGGGUAAAAAGGCAUACAUACAAGUAAGUACAAGAAAGUAUGAAGAUUAUUCUGUUGUAUUGGAGUAGCUAUGAUUUUACGUCAAAUGUUUAUUGUCAUUCUGUGAGUAAUUUAAUAAAAUUGAAGUGUGAAAAAACAGAACUCAUUGUCUCAUAGUUAAAAAGCUGUGACAGUCAUUAUCAAUCCACUUCAAACGUCUGUGUCCAGAUCCAGAUUGAUUGCAACAGGUCGACAUUUAAGUUAUUUUGGGUCAGUAACUAAUGCUUUAGUCUUCUUUUCUGACAAAGUAAACAUUGAAACAAAGUGGGAAUUGCCGUUGCGCAAUUCAUAAUAGCUGCAUCAAGUGGAGUUAAUCGAGCCACACGAUAUACUGGUAAUGAUAGUGCUAACAACAAAUAAAAACAUUAUAAAUAUUGAUCUAUCCUCUACCCCAUCUUCAAAAAACUUUAUUCUGGGUACCACCUUCCUACAUGAAGACUUUUUAUACAUGGGGAAAAAAAGAGACACUAUUGUACAAGCAAAGACAGUUGUAACAUCACUCACAAUAUACUGGCAUUGCAGAGAGAGAGAGAGAGAUAAUAAAUAGCGAAAGAGAGACAGGUAGCACUUGCUACUAUUUUCAGCACGUCUAUAAGCAAGAAUGAGGAACAAAAUCUAUGUCUACUUCAAGUUGUUAAAAGCCUCCAAAAACAUUAUCCAAAACCUGGAAAGUUAGUGAUAUAAUCUGUAUCAAUAAAACCUUAUGUUUGUUUUUUUCUUUCAGGAAUAUUUUCAUUGCUGUUGCGUUAUUUCUGAGGUGAUAAUGAUAAUAUACUUUUAGAUAGGCAUCAUCAUUUAAAACUUUAAGUCCUCCGUGGCAGUACUUAGACUUCACUGAGGCAAUACUCGUACUUCACCGAAGCAGUACUCGUCAUUCAAUGAGGCAUUAAUCGCACUUCACUGAGGCAGUACUCACAAUUAAGUCAGCCAAUCGCAGACUUCGCGGUGUCGAUACUUAAUCUUAACUGAGGCAGUGCUCAGAAUUAAGUGAUCCAGUAUCAGACUUAACUGAGGCAGUACUUAGAAGAAAGUUAGCUAGUCUCAGACUUCAUUAGGGCAGUACUCGGACUUAACUGAGACAGUACUCACAAUUAAGUGAGGCAGUACUCAGACUUCACUGAGGCAGUACUCGUACUUCACUGAGGAAGUGCUCAAACUUUACUGAUGCACUCCUGAAUACUUCCCUGUGGAAGUGCUCAUACUUCGCUGGGGCAGUACUGAGACUUAACUCUUCGUGUUAACAUUUUGAGUUAUUUUGACAUAAUAGAAUCUAAAGUCUUUUUUUUUAAUUGAAUUUUUUUUAUCAGUACUAAAAUUAUGAUUAUAAUAUAUUCUCUUGCUAAAAAUUGCAAUUAACAUUCAAAUAGAAAAAAUACUCAAUUUUUUAACACCUUUUUUGAUCAAAUGCUUAACGUCCCAAGUGUGUUUUAACAUUUUUACAUUUACAAUAUGUGGUGAUUUCUAUCUUUAAAAAGCCAGACAUCUUGUGAUAAAAACGUGGUAUCAAAACGAUAUUUGCAUCCAGGUUGAAAAAAAAUAAAGUUAAAAGUACCGGUAUUUGUAAGCGAAAUUAUUUUUUUUGUUAUCGGCAGCCUUGUUGCAUGUAAGCAUUGGCUUCCCGUAGCAAAAAUAAAUGGAUAUAACUGAAUAUGCAUGUACAAAAUUGAAGUAUUUUUUUAAUCGAUUUUGUUACAGUUAUUAAUUGAAUUAAAAGAAAUAUUCUUUAAAAUGACCUGUGCCUUUUAUAUUUUCCAAAUCCCGAGAAGGCUACUGAAAAUGUAUGGAAAUCCUUAAUUUUUAGUUGUUGCAAAUAAAAUAGUUAUGCUG